AUGAUCUCUGUUUAUGCCGGCGGCCACGUCCGCAUCAUCUCUGGCUACAUGGACUCUAAGCUUCAGAUACAAAUGACCGAGCUACAGAAGGUCAUGAGAGACAAUUUUGACUCAACCUUGAUGGAUAUUCUACGCUGGGCCAAGCCCAAGUGCAAGGGGGUCACGACGCAACUACCUCAUAUGUUGCCCAUAGAAGAGGCGGAGGAGGAAGCUGAUGAAAGUGACACAACAAAUGUGUCUUCAAUCUUUGACACUGCGGGAAAGGAUCAAGGAGGAUAUGAGAGUGAUUCAGACUGGGAAUCACUCUGCGAAUCGGACGAUGAGGGCGCAAAAGGGUGA